UCAUGGUUAUGAUAUUUGUGAUUUCUUUUGAUUUAUCCAAUUUCUCUUCUCUUCAGGAUACAUGAGAAAUCCUUGUUUCAAGUUCAUCCCUCAGACUGUAAACAUAAACUUAUUUUGAUUGUUUAUAUAAUCAUCACCUAAUCAUCUUAUUCUUGUCACCAUCAUACAAUUGUAACUUAGUGCCAUCAACCGGAUUACAGUGUUGUGUGAUCGACUACCAAUCGGAUUAUAUAUUGGAAAAAGUGAUCGAGAAAAGUUCAACUUUAAGAUGAAAUAAAAUGUUCACUUUUCUGUUAAUAGUUUUCGAUAAUAUUUUUCUUCCUUUGUGAAUUCAUUGUUGAACAAUAUUUCACAUCAAAAGAUUUCACUUCAUCUUUACAGAAGCACAAGAGAAGAUAGAAAUCAAAAAUCAUACUGAUCCUUUUUCAGUAUAAUACCACUCGAAUGAGCCCAAGAUAAGGGUGAACAUCUAAAUCCAACAAGGAAACUGAGGAAGUCAAACAGUCAAAAAGGAGGAGCAGAAGGUGGAAAAAUAGUUGUUCGUAGGAUAAAAUAAAAAGAGAAUCGAAAGUGGAGGAGAAAAAGAGUUGAAAUAGCGAUUGGGGUCGAACAAUGAUUCUUCGAUUUCUUUCCAUGAUAUUCUGUUAUGAUAUAUCUUAUAAGAUUGCUUUAUCUCAAUAUGUUGCUACCCUCGGUGGUAUCGUUGCCUUUUCAUGUAACGUCUCUGAUUGGGGUGAUGAUACUGUCAGUUUAAUGUUAUUUUACAAAGAUGGACUCAAAGUGCCUUUUUACAGUCUCGAUGCUCGAGAAGUGCCUUUCCCUCAAGCUAAACGAUUUGGUAACGAUGAUCGUAUGUACGUCAAUGAGACAACCUCACCUCCAUCGCUUGUAAUUAAAUCAGUUAAACUUGAAGAUGAAGGUGAUUAUCGGUGUAGAGUUGAUUUCAGAGAUGAUAAAACAAGGAAUUCAUUAUUUUCGUUAAAAGUUGUUCAUAAACCUAAAGUAACCGUUAACCUUGGUGCCAAUUUAAAUCCAAACAAUAUCAAGGAGGGAAUCGAUGUGAUCCUUGAAUGUAACAUAAUCGCUAAUCCAAAUAUUUUUGAAAUCGGUUGGACUUUCAAUGAUAAUCCGGUAAUUUCCAAUCUAUCGGAUGGAUUAAUUGUUUCAAAUAAUUUUCUGGUUCUACAAAAAGUGAAAAAAUCCCACCGGGGAAAUUAUCAGUGUAUAGCAAUUAACUCGGUUGGCGAGGGUCGUAGUAAUCAUUUUUUCCUGAGAGUUCAAUUCGCUCCAAUUUGUAAGCCAGAUCAACAAUUAGUUUAUCCUAUUGGUGCAAGUGAGGAAACUUUAAUCAGCUGUUCUGUUGAUGCUGAUCCAGAUCAGAUAUCAUUUAAAUGGUAUUUAAAUAGCUCAUCAACUAAUUAUGGGAUAAACAAUUAUACCGUUAAUGAGACUACAAGUUAUUUACUUUAUUCACCAAAAAAUCGUUACGGUUAUGGUUCAAUCUAUUGUACAUCUUCAAAUUCAAUCGGCCAUCAAAAGGAUCCUUGCUCAUUUAAUAUUAUCCCUCCAGGUAUUCCAGUGAAGGUGGAAAAUUGUACCAUGAAGAAUCAAUCGUUAACUGGAUUAUUAGUUGAUUGUUCGACUACCCCACUUACUGGACCUUCGCCCAUUUACAUUAUCGAUGUUUAUAAAGCCAAAACCCGUGAGAAGAUAAAAAGCCUUACCAAUAGAGAUCGUCCAACGUUUUUACUUCAAGAUUUAUCGCCUCAGGGUUAUUAUGAAUUAUAUGUUUACUCUAAGACCACUGGAGGUCAAAGUGACCCUGUCUCCCUGAAAGCAUCUUUAUCCUCGACAACAAUGACACAUAAUCAAAUGAAACAAGAUAUUACCAGGGAAGAUACUUACAGUCCUUUGUUGGUUAUAUUAAUGGCCAUUGUUGGAACUAUUCUCAUCAUUAUCAUCAUGAUUAUAUUGGCUAUAAGAAUCAAAUCACAUCGUGUUGAGGUUACUGACAGAAGACAGGUUGGACCUUCAACCGCUUAUUACGAUGAAUCAAAGUCAUAUCCCAGAAUAACACAGAAAGAGAAAAGCCUUUGUGAUCUAGUUAAUAUCGAUAAAAGCCUUCCAAACGGAGACAUCUCAUGUUUCCAGAAUCCUUAUGAUUAUCACAACAUUAAACAAACCAUUGAAAUGACAUUAAAACAAAAUAAACUUCCGAUUCCAAUGAGGUCAACAAUGAUUCCUGAAAGUCCAACAGUCAAAUCAUAUCAGUUAUCCUCAUCUUCAGUAAAGGGAACUUUGGUUGAGGAACAUGUUCGUCUGAGAAAUUUAUCUUCUUCUCUUGAGGAUCCAGGGAAAGAUUCCAAGAUAUCGUUAAUCAGUGAAACAUGCAAUCAACUUCUAAUAGAUUCUGGCUCUAUGGUGAACGAUGAAUGUUCAGAUAAUGAUCUUAUCCCUUCAGAUGCAAGUUUAAUGAAAAAUAUCAGAAUCUCAUGUGAUGGAAGUGAAGUUACUAUAUCAUUUCAACUUCCGCGGGAACAAAUAAGUCCAAUGACAAUUGUUGAUAAUAAGACUACCCUGGUUUAAGUUCAAUCGACUGGAUGAGUUCUGAUCAAUUGGAACUAUGUGAUUAAAUAGAAAUAGAGAGAAAAAAAAUCGUCGAAAUGUAAAAAUGUUUGAAUGUUUGGAUACAGAAUCCAAGUUACAAGUAAUUCAAUUUAUUCGCUGAUUUAUCAACAGUUUCUCUAAAUUCAUGAUAUUGAAUGUCCUCGUCAUGAUAAUUUGGAUUGUCCAUACAAUGAGAAAAUCCUUGUGGACAGCUAAUAAAAAAAGUGGUUCGAGUUUUUGAUUCACAAGAGGCUCUGGAAAAUAAUUUCGAUCAACGAAAUGUUAUCAAGCUGAUAUUUUGAUCUUAUAUCGUAUGGAUUUUGUUUUCUCGUCAACUCAAUUGUCAAUGAAGGAUAAAGAAAAUGUCCCAAUCAUGUCAAUCAACCAAAGUCAUCAUGACAAAAAUGACCACGCAAUUGACCAGAAGGAACCUUGGCUUAUACAUAAUCGCUGUGAUUCAAACGAAAGUAACACUGUGAUAGCUCAUAAAUGAAGCUCUUUUUUUCAGCUCAACUUGGAAAUUUGAAAACUUUCAUCGCCAUGAAACUGAACCGGACUAACGAAUGAAAUUAAUACAUUGUAACCAAAACUAAUAAGUCCAAGGUGAAACUUUUCAAUGUCAAAAUUUACUAAAAAAAGAUAAUAAAAUAGCUAAUAAAUAUUAGAUCAAC